AUGAGUUUAUCGUAUGCUGAAAGUCUUUCUUACUUUCCGCAUAAGGGGAAAGUUGGUAUGCCUGAAUUAAGUGAAAAAUCGGAUGAAUUACAACUUAAAUUAAAUCAAUUAGAAGAAAUGAUUCGUCAAAGUCAUCAUACGGUUGUUAUUACUGGAGCUGGUAUAUCAACAGAUGCUGGUAUUCCUGAUUUUCGAGGACCAAAUGGUGUUUGGACAUUGGAAAAACGUGGUGAAAAACCUUCGUUUAAUACUGGUUUUGAUAAAGCAAUACCAACAUAUACACAUAAAGCUUUAUGUCGAUUAGAAGAAAACAAUUAUUUACAUUAUGUAAUUAGUCAAAAUAUUGAUGGACUUCAUCAUCGAUCUGGAUUACCGUUAGAUAAAUUAGCUGAAUUACAUGGAAAUGUUUUUUCAGAAGAAUGUGAAGUUUGUCAUGCACAGAUUAUUCGUCCAACAUGUGUUGGUUCCUAUUGUCGUAAACGAACAGGUAAUAUUUGUAAUUCUGUCAAAGGACGACAUAAAAAUUUAUCAUGUCGUGGAAAAUUACGUGAUACUAUACUUGAUUGGGAAGAUCCACUACCAGAACCAGCACUUAAACUAUCUGAACAACAUUGCGCUAAAGCAGAUCUAUGUUUAUGUUUGGGUACGUCAUUACAAAUUCGUCCUUGUCGCGAUUUACCACGAAAAACAAAGAAAAAUGGAGGAAAAGUAGUAAUUAUUAAUCUACAAAAAACAUCAAUGGAUUCAAUAGCUAAUUUAGUUAUUCACGAACGAUGUGAUCAUGUUAUGAAAUAUAUAUUAGAAAAACUUAAUUUAAAUGAUACAUCAAAAUAUUCUCAUGUCAAAAAAGUUAUUCUUCUUUCUGGUAAAUAUAAAUCUGGAAAAGAUUAUAUUGGAAGAAAAUUAACUGAAAAUCUUUCGGCUUUAUAUUUAAAUAUAAAUGAAUUUAUAAAACUUCAAUAUGAUAAAACACAUACCAAAGAUUCAUCGGAUAGUGAAGAUAUUUAUCAAACGAAUAUCAUUAAAUGGAGAGAAGAAAAAUCUCGUGAAGAUCCAACAAUAUUUUGUCGAACGAUAAUUGAAGAAAAAGAUCAAUUAUGUUCAUCAUAUCCAAUAUGGAUUAUUAAUGAUAUUAAAUCUUAUAAAGAAAUUGAAUAUUCAAAAACAAUUUUUAAUGAUCGUUUAUUAUUUGUUCGUAUUGAUGCAUCGAAUGAAAUACGACAAAAACGCGGUUGGAAUUCUCAAAAUGAUACUGAUAAUUCCGAAUUAGAUUCUCAGUUAGAUACAAACAUUCAAUGGUCAUUUAUUUUUUCAAAUAAUGAAGAAAAUACAUUUAAUGAACAAAUGGAUCAUUUAACGAAAAUGAUUAAUUCUUAA